AUGAAUAGAAUUACAGGAACAUUAUUAUUAAUUCCACGAGAACAAUACCCACAAGGAAUUCGAGAAAAUUUGAACGAAACAUAUAACAGUAUAGUGAAAGUAAUUCGAAAUUAUUAUCAAUGGAAAGUGAUGAUUAAAAAUUUCUUUCAUUCACAGUUAUUUUGGGGAAUUAUUUCCAUGAUUAUUUGUGGGUAUUGGAAUAGUGUUUUUCAAAUAUAUGCUGAUUCAAUUGCAGGAUUUUGGAAAUAUAAACAUCAACCAUUUGUGUUAAUGGAUAUAUUUUUUGAUAUAUUACCAUAUGUUCAAUCAAAUAGAAUAUCUGAUUUAUAUUUAAAGUAUUGUAUCGUUAUAACUAUUAUAAGAUUUUUAUUUACUCCUUUACGUUCAAUUAUUCUUAGAAGAUAUUGUUUCAUUCAAGCUGUUAUCUUUCUUUUUAGAGGUUUUAGUGUAUUUGCAACAUUAUUACCAAAUCCAAUGAUUAGUUGUAAGUCAGAUGCAAUUGGAAAUCCAUUUGUAGAAGGAUUUUAUGUAAUGUUAGGGUAUCAUCAUACAUGUGCAGAUUUAUUGUUUUCUGGUCAUACAGCAAAUUUAACAGUGUGUGCAUUUAUUUGGGAAUAUUAUUCAGAAAAAGUUCCAUUUUUUAAUCCUUUGGUCGAAAGAAUUUGUGCAUGGGUUAUUGCAUUUAUUGGAUAUUUUAUUUUUCUUGCAAAUCAUUUCCAUUAUUCAUGUGAUGUAUUUAUUGGAUUUAUUGUUGCUGGACUUCUCUUUAAUUUAUAUCACACUUAUAUUAAAACGAUUUCUACUAGAAAUAACUUUUUUAAUUCUUUCUUAAGAUGGUUCGAAGAAGACUCUUUAGAAAUUCCAAAAUUAGUGAGACUUGCUUCAAAAAAGACUCUUCUUCAAUAG